CCAGGCCGACCUAUAAAGCUGCUCUCGCAAAAAAAUAAAACACAUUUAACGGAACACACUAUAAACAAUAAAACAUGGUGUACAUUCGCGCAUUGUUUUUUGCCAUCGCACUUGCGGGAUGCAGCCCAACCCUAGCCGAAGAUGCUGCCAAUGUGCAAUCAGACAGCUUAGUACGGGAACCUCGCACUUUACACAAAAAGAAAUUGUGUAAAAAGUAUGGAAUUUGCGAAGGUUUUGGAGGAUACCAAGGCGGUUACCAAGGUUACCAUGGUUACCAAGGCCAUCAAGGGUAUCCUGGUUACCAAGGUCCAUACCAGCCACCGAUAAAUAUUGCCAUCAGUCAGUCGCAGUCUUCGGCCAAUGAGGGCGGCGGUGGACAUGCAAAUGGAUACUACCCCAACAACUACCAAUACAAUAAUAGGUUCCCCAGCCACGGGCAUGGCUACAACCAGGGAUAUUACAAUAACGGCUAUGAAGGCCAUGGAUACAAUGGUUACAGACCAGGAUACAGCAAUGGAAAUGGAGGCUACAACGCUCAGUUCAAUGGAAACUAUUAUUCUGGAGGAGCUCCUCACGGAGGAGGCUAUGGUUUCCAAGGAUUUGGGUUCAGAGGCGAUGGAUAUGAUGGUGAAGAUUAUGAUGAUCAGGAUAGUUUUGGGUUUGCACGGUCCAAUGCCGGUGCUAGUGCCAGUGCCAGCGCUACUGCUGUUGCUGAGAGUAAAACUGAAUGAUUAGCUGUAGUUUAUAGUGUAUUAUAACGAAUAGGUUAGGUGUUAUUUAAUGUUUUUUGUUUUGAAGAUUUUUUUUCUUACUGUAUACCUUCAUUGUUUUACUCUCUGUGUUUUUAUAUUAAUUGAGUGAUUCAAAUGAUACCUAUUUAUGUACUAAUAUUUGCAAGUGAAAAACUGUGAUAUACAUUUUUACCAAUUAGGAUAGUAAAUGAAAUGUGAUUUUCCUCAAAAUAAGAUUAAAAUAUUGUUCAGAAAUAACGGAUCCAAUAAAUAAUGUUUUUAUGAUUUA